UUAUUUUUUUUUUCAGGCUAAUUUGUCCCUGCUGCAGCUCCGUAGUCCCUUUCAGGAGCAGAAAACACUUGAGGAGGGUGUGCGCAGCCUAUCGUCAUUACAUUAAAGGCUGGAAGUAGGAGGCUGGACCUUGGAGUCAAAACAUGGCGAAAUAACAAGUUUCGCAGGUAGAAGCUGCGCCGUACCUGAUACCGUCGGACUGCAGUUUCGAUAGAGCUGGUCGCCGGAGGAGACGACAGUAACCUUUAACUUUGACGAACGGAUAGCUACAGCCUUUUAAAGUGUUGCAAGCAAAGAGCCUGUCUGUGUUUUCCCCGGAAGGUUGGCAGUGCUAGGCGCGACUGCCAACACAGAAAAAAUAUGUACUGAAAGGGAAAGUUUAUCCUGGGGAAAAGACAGUUUAGCUUGCUAGCUUGGCUACGUUAGUUGCGGAUUGAUAAAAACGGACACACCUGAAUCGGUACUCUGAUUACUUUGAGGUCCGCUUGAAAAAGUGGGUUUUUUCGGAGUCGUCGUAUAAAGUUUGACAAGAAGAAGCAGCAGUGGGAGCUGUGUUUUAUUUUAUUUUAUUUUUUACUUAAAUUGUUUCGCCUGGAUGUAACUGCAGUAUUCCUUCCAUGUAAGGCGGCUAGUGCCAGUUUGCCGUUCGGUUCUGGUGCGGACGGAUCCGGACGCCAUCACAUCACAGACGUUGCGUUCUUCGUAAAAACAACCCCUGCGAUAAAUUGCCGUAAAUGUUUUUACAUGAAUUGUCAGCACAAUAAACAGCGUUCUUCUGUUAGAUCUGGUAGGAGGUGUUUUUGUUAUUUUCUCCGCUUGCAUAAUUUUAACAGAUUUGUUAUUAGCAGCUGGGAUGUUUUACAGCAGCAGAGACGCGGCGUCUUGUCAAAAUGAACGCAGCAAGGUGUUCAACACCAGUGGAGGUGCGCUGCGUGUAAAUCCAACCAGUUGUUAGCUCGGUACUAAUGGCCGGCUGAGCUGGGACGGUGCCAUUUUGUUAUAAAAUUUUAUUUUACACCCGUGUUUCUAGCAGAAUUUGUUAGCUGACAUUUUUGUAAAUCAACUGCGGAUAACAUUUACAGCUCUCGGCCAGAUUGACGUGAGCAAGCCUGCUGGGUGCGUCUGAGAAAGCCCCUGCGAUGGACUUGCUAUACUAAAGUGUUGUUCCGCAUUAAUAUAUAAAACCGGUUUUGCUUUAUGAUCUCUGUAGAUUAGGCUCGUAAGCAGCCACUUAUUUUUUCCUGUCAAAGUUCUUCGUGUCUAAUAAGUGGCUAACUUGUUAGCUAACGUCAUAAGUUUGGCCAGCUAUGUCUGAAAACGCCCCCACACGAAGCCUGGAUGACAUAGACCUCGCAGCUCUGAGGGAUCCUGCAGGAAUCUUUGAGCUGGUCGAGGUUGUCGGCAAUGGGACAUAUGGGCAAGUGUAUAAGGGCCGUCACGUGAAGACAGGCCAGCUGGCUGCCAUCAAAGUGAUGGAUGUUACAGAGGAGGAAGAAGAAGAGAUCAAAGCAGAGAUCAACAUGUUGAAAAAGUACAGCCACCACCGCAACAUAGCCACGUACUAUGGUGCCUUUGUGAAGAAGAGUCCACCAGGACACGAUGAUCAACUUUGGCUGGUGAUGGAGUUUUGUGGAGCCGGAUCAGUGACCGACUUGGUGAAAAACACUAAAGGCAGCUCUCUGAAGGAAGACUGGAUUGCUUACAUCUGCAGAGAGAUCCUAAGGGGCCUUUCUCACCUCCAUGCCCAUAAAGUUAUCCACCGAGACAUCAAAGGCCAGAACGUGCUGCUAACGGAGAAUGCAGAGGUCAAGCUGGUUGAUUUUGGGGUGAGUGCUCAGCUGGACAGGACCGUCGGACGUAGGAACACCUUCAUCGGCACUCCUUACUGGAUGGCACCUGAGGUUAUCGCCUGUGAUGAGAAUCCUGACUCCACUUACGACUAUAGGAGUGAUAUUUGGUCUUUGGGGAUAACAGCCAUUGAGAUGGCAGAGGGAGCGCCUCCCUUGUGUGACAUGCAUCCAAUGAGGGCCCUGUUUCUAAUUCCAAGGAACCCCCCUCCAAAGCUUAAGUCCAAGAAAUGGUCAAAGAAAUUUAUCGACUUCAUAGAAGGCUGUCUUGUCAAGACAUAUCACAGUCGGCCAACCACAGAGCAGCUGCUCAAGCAUUCGUUCAUCAGAGACCAGCCCACUGAACGGCAGGUCCGAAUUCAGCUCAAAGAUCAUAUUGACCGCACUCGCAAAAAGAGGGGAGAAAAAGAAGAGACAGAGUAUGAGUAUAGCGGUAGUGAUGAAGAGGAUGAAAAUCGUGGGGAUGAUAGAGAGUCAAGUUCCAUCCUCAAUGUGCCUGGCGAGUCCACCCUGAGGAGGGACUUCCAGCGGCUGCAGCAGGAGAACAAGGAGCGCACGGAGGCUCUCAAGAGGCAGCAAGCCCAACUGGCUGCGCAGCGCCGAGAUCCCGAAGAACACAAGAGACAGCUGUUGCAUGACCGACAGAAACGCAUUGAAGAGCAGAAGGAACAACGGCGCCGACUAGAAGAGCAACAGAGGAAAGAGCGAGAGAUGGUGAGGCAGCAAGAAAAAGGUCCCCAUCGGAGACUUGACGAUAUGAGACGGGAGGAAGAUAGAAGAAUGGCAGAAAGGGAGCAGGAGUUUAUCAGGCACAAGUUAGAGGAAGAGCAGCGGCAGUUAGAAAUCCUUCAGCAGCAGUUGCUUCAGGAGCAGGCGCUGCUUAUGGAGUACAAGCGUAAGCAGCUUGAGGAGCAGCGUCAGUCAGAGCGGCUGCAGAGGCAGCUCCAGCAGGAGCAUGCCUACCUGGUGUCCCUGCAACAGCAGCAGCAAGAAAAGAAGCCCCAGCUUUAUCACUACAACAAAAACCUUGAGUCCAACAACAAACCUACCUGGGCCCGUGAGGUGGAGGAGCGAAGUAAACUAAACAGACAGGGGUCACCCAAAAUCUGCACCACAGUUUCGGACACUGCCAUCCAGUCUCGCUCAGACUCCAUCAGUCAGCCAGGAAUGGUCCAGUCUGCACAAACUCCACCGAUGCAGAGGCCAGUUGAACCCCAAGGUGGUCAGGGGAAGUUCCAGAUGGCUCACUUGGUUCCACUGAAGCCUUACGCUGCUCCUGUCCCUCGCUCUCAGUCUCUCUGUGACCAGCCCACUAAGAACAUGUCCGCCUUCCCCACCCAGGACCCCUCCCUCAACCCCACACCCCGCCCCAUCCAUUCCAGAGAGCUUGUGCGUCAGAACUCAGAUCCCACCUCUGAAACCCCGGGACCGCAGAUGCAUCAAAUCAGGGAGGAUCGUGGGCCCUGGAUCCGCUUGCCUGAUGUCGAACUCCCACCGAAGGUUCCCCAGAGAACUGCGUCCAUUGCCACGGCUCUUAACACCAACCUUACCUCUGGUAUUAGGCAUCCUGUAAGAGCCAGCAAUCCAGAUCUCAGCCGCAAUGAUCGCUGGGAGAGAGGAGACAGUAUGAGCAUCAUAUCCGGUCUGCCCCAGACUGGCUCUCUAGAGAGGCAUCGCAUCCUCAGUACCUCCAAAAUGGAUUCACCAAUUCUCUCCCAUGAAAGUCGCCAUAAGCCAGGGGAAUCCCGUACAUCCUCUCGUCCUGGGCGACCUGCUAGCUACAAGAGGGCUAUAGGGGAGGACCAUGGCCUCUAUGCCAAGGAGCGUGCAGAAGAACCACCAAGACCCCCGGUCAAAGCAAAUGACUACUCCUCUUCCUCCGAGAGCAGCGAGAGUAGUGAGGAAAGUGAGAAUGGCGAAGGACCAGAGGAGGAAGAAAGCCCGACUGAUCGCCACAGAGAUGCAGACAGUGAUUCAGUCAACACCAUGGUGGUUCAUGAAGAUGAGGGCGAGGUGGGAGAGGGAGAGCAAGCUGGAGGAUAUGGAGAUCAGACCAUGCUGGUUCAGAGAACCCCAGAGAAGAGGAGCCAUAAUGGAUACACUAACUUGCCAGAUGUGGUGCAGCCCUCCCAUUCUCCCACUGAUUCAGCUUCUCACUCCUCUCCAGGGAAGGAUUCUGUUUAUGAUUAUCAGUCCAGGGGUUUGGUGAAGGCAUCUGGCAAGUCUUCCUUCACCACCUUUGUGGAUCUUGGCAUGUACCAGUCACCAGGUGGUACAGGGGAUAACAUGUCAAUCAGUGGCUCCAGAUUUGAGCAAUUGAAGAUGGAGGUGCGGAAAGGAUCCAUGGUAAAUGUCAAUCCCACCAACACACGCCCUCCUAAUGACACACCUGAGAUCCGCAAGUACAAGAAGAGGUUCAACUCUGAGAUCUUGUGUGCUGCACUUUGGGGUGUGAACCUGUUGGUGGGCACAGAGAACGGCUUAAAGCUGCUGGACCGCAGCGGUCAAGGAAAAGUUUACCCACUCAUCAACUCCCGUAGGUUCCAACAGAUGGAUGUUCUGGAGGGCCUCAACUUGCUCAUUACAAUAUCAGGCAAGAAGAACAAGGUGCGUGUGUACUACCUGGCAUGGCUGAGGAAUAAGAUCCUCCACAAUGAUCCGGAGGUGGAAAAGAAGCAAGGUUGGACCACUGUGGGGGAAAUGGAGGGCUGUGUACACUACAAAGUGGUGAAAUACGAGAGGAUAAAGUUCCUGGUGAUUGCUUUAAAGAAUGCCGUGGAGGUUUAUGCUUGGGCGCCCAAGCCUUAUCAUAAAUUCAUGGCCUUUAAGUCUUUUGCAGACCUGCCACAUAGGCCUCUACUGGUUGACCUGACAGUAGAAGAGGGCCAGAGGUUGAAGGUCAUCUACGGUUCCUGUGCUGGGUUCCAUGCUAUCGAUGUGGACUCUGGAAAUAACUAUGACAUUUACGUCCCUGUUCAUAUCCAAAGCCAAGUGACUCCACACGCAAUAGUGUUCCUGCCCAACUCUGAUGGCAUGGAGAUGCUGCUUUGCUAUGAGGACGAAGGUGUUUAUGUCAACACCUAUGGACGUAUCAUAAAGGAUGUUGUCCUUCAGUGGGGCGAGAUGCCCACAUCUGUCGCUCAUAUCUGCUCCAACCAGAUUAUGGGCUGGGGUGAAAAGGCCAUUGAGAUCCGCUCUGUAGAGACCGGUCACUUGGACGGGGUCUUCAUGCACAAGAGAGCUCAGAGACUGAAGUUCCUUUGUGAAAGAAAUGACAAGGUGUUUUUUGCUUCAGUGCGUUCAGGAGGCAGCAGCCAGGUGUACUUCAUGACUCUGAACAGAAACUGCAUCAUGAACUGGUAAAGCGGCAGCUGCCUUUGGUCAGUGCGUAGAACCCAGCCGGGUCCGGAGCGACAAGUGCAUCCAACAUUCUUGCUAACGCAUGCACACGAUUACAAAACACUACUUCCUGUCACCCUAAAGCUCCUGCAUACUUAUGUGCUCUUACCGCAAAAAACAAAGACAUCCAGAACUCUCACUGAAAAAAAAAAACACCACAGACACAAACUCUAAAUCCAUUCCAACCUACAUUCCUUAAGACAGUCUCUACAGAAAGCCCUGAUGACAUUCUCCUUGGAAUCAUCAUGAAAAAUCGCUCAUGAGAUUCAAAUGUCAAUAUGUUUUAUUAAUUUGGACUGUGUAUACAUGACCUAGGUUGAUUUUGUUUUUUUUGUUUACCUUGUGAAGCAGUCUUCUUUAGUUUAAACUAUUUAGUUUCUAAUUAUUCCGUAUGUUGACAUUUCUAUGUUUGUGGCAGGCAUUAUUUUUCAAAUACUGUCUAAAAUCGAUCUACAGCGCCUGAGACUUGGGCCAGAAUCAGUUUCAAACUGAAAUUAAAAUGCUGAAGAGUCCAUGUACUGUGGUGCAUGGACUUUAAUUGUUUAGGGCAGUUCCCGCUAUUGAAAUGAAGUCCUUGCUCCAUAGUAAGAUUAACUAUGAGCAUUUGACUUAUUACAAAAAUAUUAGUGAAAUCUAGGUCAAGAGGCUUGUUUAAAUACUUUAGUUAUUUCUAAACCCUGUUUUUUUGUCACAGCUAUUAGGCCUUGAAACAUUUAAAUAUAAAAACAGAUUUCAGUUCAAUCUUAAUAAAUAAUCAAUUAGUUCUAAGUCUCUGUUUUAUUACGCAAACAUAAUCAGAACAGAAAAACUUCCUGCUUUGGUUUCUUCUCUGGUUUACAUAAAAACCAAUCUUCAUUCAACUUGUAUUUGUCUGUCAUAGGUUUAAAAAGUAGGCAAAUUUACUAUUUCUAUGUAGUGAUUCUGUAAUAGUACUAGGCAACUGGUUUUCUUAAUUUUACUGUACUUCUUAUGACAUAUAAUUGCAAUAUAUUCUACUUUUGUGGAGUAUUUUAAGAGGGGAGUUUAUAUGUGAGGCAGCAUAAUGAGAGCUUCAGAGAGGGGAGGGAAGGAAUGGGAAGCGAGGAAUCUACUCUGCUGUAUCAUAUCCUGGUCCUUAAACCGUUUUAUUUGCGUGAAUCUGUGUGUGAGAGGUGUUUGUGCACAGAACUGCACCAGAACAGCUAUAUGUGAAGUUGUUAAAAUCUGUCUGUGGUCAGCAGAACAAUUUAUCUUAGGGGAGGCUCUGCAGUACACCAAGGUACUCCAGCUCAUCAGGCACUUGGGUGAAAUUCAUGAAGCAUUAAUAUAUUGCAUAGAUUUACAUUCUGCCAAAGUUCACAGUAAAUGUUGGAAUAUUGGGUGAAUCAAGGCCAAAGAGAGCUGUGAACAGGGGAAAAAUUACUCCCAUAGAUCACUAACCAUUUGAUUAGUUCAUUUUUUUUUUUUUAUAAACAGUGUUUUUAGGUUUAGAUACAUGUAUACAUUUGUGGCUUUAUAUUUUGCAUCUGAACAUUCCUUUUGUUUCUGAGUGGAAUCAUAGUACAAGACACAGCUGCAACAUAUUACACAUGUGUGCAUAUAGACAUACAGCCCCAGUUGUAUUUGGAUGAAUGUCCCUAGGAAGUUGCACCUUGACUCCAUGCUUUUUGUAACCAUCAGCCAUCUUCUGACCAGAUAUUUGACCACUCUUCCUCGCAGAAUUGGUAGGCAUUCCAGAAGCUUGGCCGGUUUCAUCAGUUUUGCUGCGUUUGGGAUCAUUGUCGUGUUGGAGGACCCGAUGUUCACACUUCAUCUUAGACAGCUAGAUGGAGAUAAAGUUUAAGAAUUUGGAGGGAGACCUCCCCCUUUAAUGGUCCAUGAUUGUUUAGCAAUGUGCUAGUACAGCUAGCAACUAAACACCCCCACAGUAUGAUGCUGCCUCCAACAUGUUUAAAAGUUGGCCUUUUUCCUAGUUUUAACAUCUCACCUGGACUCCAAACAGUCUUUUUGUCAUAGCUUGAAAUAAUCUUGUCUUGCCACAGAAGUUUUCUCCACAAGGCAUUUUGUUGGCCCAUGUGUCAGUGUCAGUCAGUUGUGCAGGUGUGAAUUUAUGCAGCUGGUGCUGUUGAUGUAAACUGACCUCACUGGGGACAGUAAAGAUGUGUUAAUAUAGUGUUCUAGCUUCUUUCAGUUUGAGCCCUUAAGGUUCCUAGGUUGUUUUUAAACAUGCCAGCCAAUUUCAUUUCAUUCGAGAGUGACUGUUUAUUGGCAAAAGGAUGUCCAAACAAUACAAUGAUACCAAAUGCAUGUCAAAAUCAACCAAAUUAGAUGAAUUCUAGUAUUUCUAAUGAGAAGAGUGGGCAGAUAUGUAGCCAGGAUUAUGCCAGAGCUCCUGUUCUCUCAUUAUUGCAGAAGAACAACCAGAUCAAUUAGUUUGAUUUUUUUUAAUCAAUUGCUUAACGGUACCAUGUGAGCGAUUUAAUAGGUUUCAAUUGGACAAAAUGAUAACUGUGUUAUCAAGAUAAAGCAUAGAGCUGUUGGGAGGAAACAUUUUUCUGCAACGGCUUUAAAACCUUUGGGAAAUUACAAAGGAACCUGGAUUAGUUAUCACUGGGAAACUCUGCUAAAGUCUGCCUUUCAUGCUGAGAUGUACUGUUGUAAAGAACGCUAUAAAGACUGCAUGACUUGUUUGAGUCGGAGUUGAGAUUAAUAUUAUAUAAACAGAUGAUUUAUUGUACAGGAAGACAUUUAAAUGGACAUGGAGAGGACUUUCUCCUCAGUUUGCAAACAAAUAUAUAUCUAAUACACAUAUGUCAGUGUGCAUGUAAGCCAUUGAAACAGAUUGUGUAGUACUGUACGAAAACUUGUUUUUCCCUUGUUGAAUAUCUUUUAUGUGCUGUGGCCUACACUGCAGAUUUAUAAAACACAAAGAGCUCUGGUGCUACUGUUUAUUUUUUGCUUUCAAUCAGUCUGCCAUCAUGUUUACAGUUAAAGCGGUGCCUUGGAGUAGGAAAAGUGAGAAGUUUAAGGAAGCAUUUUUAGCCCAGUCCCUUGUCUCUUACUUCCAAAUCAAAAAGAAGAGGAACAACCGUUUAUGAUUAACAUUUGGUGCCAGUUAAGUGCACUUAAAUAAAAAAACAAAAACAAAUUCAGACUAUCCCAUAGGUGAACUUGAGAUGCCUUCUUGGCACCAAAAUCAACUCCAAAUGAUACAUAGUGUGUCCGUGGCAAUUACAAAGGGGUUAUUAACACGUUAAUGAAGUGUAGUGGGAGCCAGCAUAGAGAAAAGCCAUGUGUAUGAAACCUGUUUGUAAAGAAAUCCCUUGGUUUUCUGCAUCCAUCAAAUGAAACUAUGUGUGUGUUUGUGUGUGUGAGAGAGAUGUGUCCUCGGAUGAUCAUUUGGGUUCAUGCUGCACAGGUUGAGUAACUGUUUAUACUUCAGUGAUGUCGAUUGUGUAACCUUGUAGUGGGGAGAGUAGCUUGUUAUAUUCUGAGAAGCCUAUUUUAUAACAUUUGUAAAUUAGUAAUAUUCAGAAAUAAAGGUGAAUGUACAUCUAUAAAACAGGUUUGUUUUUGUAUAAAAAUGUGUUCGACACUAUUAUUCCAAGCACAAUGUAUUUUAGGACGGAGCGGUCAUUGUAUAACUUAGCAUGACAGAAACAGAGUCCUAUAUCCCCCCCCCCCCCCCAUCCCCUCAUUUUCCCAGUCGUCGAGUUUGUCAGCAUGAAAUCAGAUAAAAUAGUUGUUAAUGACAAAUAAAAGUUGUCGGCUGUUGCAAUGUCCAGACAGACCACUUCAGCUUUCACAGCAACGUAGUGUUAUCUGGCCUCUGGCAGUUACUAAGCCGCACGGGGCUGACGGGCUUUUUUUUUUUUUAUUCUCAGGUGAUCGUCAUAAAUGAAGAGCAGUGAUGACUUUAGCCUCUUAACUAGGGAACAGCAAUCAGAUAGUGAAAUGUGCAUUAAAUAGUUUGCUAGAAUACCAGGAUGUCUGUAGGUAAGUGUAAAAUAUAGAAAAAUAUUUCUCCUAGUUUUACUCAACAAUAUCUGUGAAAACAUUAAGUCAGUUCAGUGAAAUAAACAAUGUAAUGUGAUGUCUGUUGGCAUCAGCUAAUACUGAGGACAAUAGUCUGAAAACAUGCCAAGAAAUCAUUUAACUUAAAGUAAAACGCAUCAGACAAGACCUCUAUUUUACAGUUUGACAAAGCAGUUGUUUGCUUUCAGUAGUGAAAUUUUCAUUGAAUGGACAACAAUUACUGCAAAAUUAGAGAAUGUGCAUUAAGCUCUGAUGUGUACAAUUUGUGAGGCUAUGAAACCCAUCACCAAGAGCAUCUGUAUUUGGUGAACAAUUAAAAUCAAAUUUCUGCGUGUUUAAUUUUUGUAAACACAGAAGAUUUAUUGUUGAGGUCUAUAAAAGUCACGUUAAAAAAAGAAAACACUCCACAUUAAAUCCAAAUGCGGACUUGAUACUACAUUAUAGCUAGAAAUGCACCGAUCAGAAUUUUCCUGGGUGAUACCGACUUCAGAGAUAUAUAUAUAUAUAUUUUUAUUUUUUUUUGCCUGCUGAUUAUCAUUUUGACAGAUUCUGUAUAUACAUUAUUUUUAUUUUAAGGACAAUAAUAUGUAGUCGAGGUAGUUUGGUAUAAGUAUUAUUUUUUUGUAUCACAAAAUGAAGGACUUCAAAGCAUUUCUCUGUUUUUUUUCACAAAAACAAAAUAUAUCAAAUUAUGCGCUGUUAAUUUAAUUUUACUUCUGAUGCAUUUAACUGUUCAGGUGGAAGAAAAUCGGAUUUUUUGUAUUUGUCCUGCUGAUCACCCAAGAGAGACGAUUUAAGGGAAAAUUAACCAACUUUGAUCCCUGUCAGGCCGAUUUGUGCAUCUCUAAUUAUAAUAAAGUAUCUGUGUAAUACUAAUUCCUAAAAAGCAUUGUAACAUGUGAAGGUUCUGGCCAGGUUUGUACUAAGCACCAGUAAAACACUUGAACCUAAACAGAUAAACUUUGGAGAAGAUUUAUAUUGGUGUUUCAGCAGUUUUAUUCCUGAAAUGGUGUGACCUGACUGUGAGCAGCUUGGAUGCGAGGUCAUCACCUGAAAGAGGCACUAAUGAGUUAUAAAGUAGUGUGUGGAGAGAUUGUGAUGCUUCUGUUUAGGAAGCAAUAUCAGAACAAAUGGAAACCUUGACUCUCCAUUUCAUUGUGGUGUGCAGGCAGUUAUUCUUCAGUGGCCUUUGGCAGAAUAAAUGUAGGCUGCUUUGUUUGUUACAAAACAAUCUCUUCUAAUAUCUGUAAGUGCUGGAAACAACAGCUUCUCUCUGUCAGCUUAACACUUUCUGGGAAACGUAAAGACGAUGAAAUGUCAGAGACUGCCUUUAUGACCAGGUAGGAGAUGAUAAAUAGAAACCUAGUAAUAAUUUUAUGAGGCACUUCUAUUAUUUCUGCUGUGGCGUGUGUGAAUGGUAUAGGCAAAUCAUAAUCAUCAGGAUCUUUAGACAGAACAAUAAUAUCCAUUCUUUCUUUUCAAUAACUUAAUUUUUAACAGUUUUGCAAUGUUUUGAUGUGCCCACAUCUGUGUUAGUUGUGAGAGGUUAACUUCAGAUUGUAUUUCAUAAACCUAUAAACUUUAAACUUUCAAAUGAUUGUGCUGAAUGAAUUUAUGUCUUAAUACAGGUUGUUUGUUUGUAAAAUAAAAUCUGGAUCUCA